AAUAUAUUAAUAGCGGGUAUUAUAAAGAUUAGCUUCGGCCUAGGUAAGGAAAUCGUCGCCCUAAGUACGGUAGAAAUAGAGACGUAUUUUAGAAUAAUAACUUUUUAUAUUUUACUUAUUAAUACCCUAUUCUUUUUAUAUUUAAAAAAUAUAGAUUAA